GAGUUCCACACAUUAACUGCCUUGCUACACACACAAUCAGAGGGACUCAUAGAUCUCGUUCUGCCUGGUCAUCGCUGCAUGAACGCAGAAGUCUCAUUCACCUUCCAGAAGGGGAAGGGAAGGGCAGAGGAGUCACCAAUUCUACAGGAGUGGAGGGGAAGAGGUGCUGCUGAUGCUAAGAAGCAUGCUUACAUCUCCAAAGGAUGUACAGGAAUGGUAUCUUCCCAGCUGGAAAAUAAAACCGAAGUACUCUACAAAAGUGCUCGUUGGAAACUGGUUGGAAGAGAGGAAAAGGUUUAUAAAAGAUCUUGGGAAACCCAGCAACAGCGUCUAUGGGACUGACUUUAUUCACUUCCCUGACUGCAGAACAGAUCAAACAGUGAGGAGAUCCAUUAUGAAGAAACUUGAUGGCCUGCCAAAGCAGCACCUGUUAACGCAUCAUGAAGAACCGAGUAACCGAAAUUUAGUCAAUCAGUAUGACGAUCAUUACAACAGACAUGGCUAUAAUCCUGCAUUGCCUCCGGUCCGCAGAUGGAAUCGACAUAAGCUAGCCUGGCUGCCAGAGAAAUCAGAUUUCCCUAUUUUCGAACCACCCACCAACUAUGGCCUUUUUGAGCAACUAAUGAAAAAAUGGACCCAAAAAGAGGCUGGAGUGAUGAACAGUGUUUACACUGUUUCUUAUAAAAAGCCCCCAGUUUCUGCUUUUGCCGUACGUCGACGUCCGGUCACAAAUUACCACCUAUCCCCCUGCGAUGGGCAGCGUCUUCCCCACAACCUCAGUGCAAGUCUGGAAUGUGAUGGAGCACCAGCAUGCCAUCAAGCUCCCGAGCAGCCCAUCAGAGACACGGUGGCCCUGGGUGCCGCACUGUAGAGUGCUUAUUGCAACACUCUGACUUCUAUUCAAAUACAGCAUGUUGCCCAAACACCAAGACUAUUUUGGUCCAUGUGCUAUUGGCAGAAAUAGGAAUUAGGUUAUAUAAAUGGAGUGCUGCCUAUUGGUUGGAGAAAAGCACGGGACUGUAGGGCGAUUGGGUGACAUUCCCAGCUCUGACUUUGACCAAUGGCAACAUCUCAAGGUGGACUUUGUUUCCCACUUGAAUCUGACACCCGCGUGAUCUUCCUGUGCUGCUGUGAAUGGCUCAGAAUUCACCUUCUUGCAUCACCUGGGUCUACCCAAUUACAACAGUCACCGUCAUGCACUGUCUCUACUGAGCAAGUGACCUUAUCCAAGGGGUGACUGUGCCUCUCCCUGGUGGAAGAAACAGUAGGAUACAUAUUCCAUAUAUGAUGAGGCUACCUUAUAUAUUUGCACACAUUACAUAUGAAGACACUUCUAUUCGGGUGAAUAUACAACAUGAGUGCAAUAGACAAAAUAUAUGCUACUUCCAUGACAUCCACCUAUUUAACAUACUUUUGUUUUAUCUGUGGGGGUGGGCAAAACUUAGCUGGAGAAUGUUCAAUAAUUACUUUGAAAUCCUCAUCCCGAAAGGUACAUACAUGCAAAAAGAUCAAAACACAGGAAUCGACAGGCUAGUGAGAUGUUGGGGGGAUUUGAUUAUGCUCAAAUCGGUUUGCAAUUUCUAGUGAGUUUGACUCAUGCUUAGCAGGAAUUCUUCUCAGUUGUUAAUGGUGGAGUAAAAUGAUUUGGGCAGAUAACAUGUUGUCUUUCAGGAUACAUGGGAUUUGACUAACCUUUCGUCAGAUCUGUUUUGAUUACAUUUUGUACAGCCCUUUACACCAUGAAUUCAAAUUGAUCGAUUAAAGCCAGAUUGCCCCCUUGCAAACGCACAGCUACACAAUUACUUGUGUAAAUAAGUGCUUGCCAAUGUGAGUAAGGGUGAAAAUCUAAUUCUAAGUCAUGCCCAUCGCCCCAUUGUCAAGUAAGGUGCUAC